AUGUAUUUACGUAAAUUUAUAGAACUUGUACCACCACCGUAUUUGCUCAACCGAUGCAUACAUCCUAAAAUAACACGCAGUAAACAUGCUCACCAUUUAAAUAAUGUACAGUCGGAAUCUAUAAAGCCGUUUGAUGCUAUUCCAGGUUUAACUCCUUUGCCUGUUUUAGGACCAAUACACCAUUUUUUGCCCAUGAUAGGCUCGCUUGGACAUCUAAAAACAUUUUACGAUUUAUUUAAAGUUCUUUACGAAAACUAUGGUCCGAUAGUAAAGUUAAGCGGUAUUUUUGCGAGGGCGGAUAUGGUUGUUUUGUACGAGCCGGAAGAUUAUGACCAGAUUUUUCGGGAAGAAGAUAUUUCUCCAUCGCGUCCUGGCUUUCAGACAUUGGUUUAUUACAGGACAGAGCUAAAAAAAACGAUAUUUGAUGGUGUUUAUGGUUUAACGACUGCUGAAGGGGCUCAAUGGCGCGAUUUUAGAACAAAAGUAAACCCAAUCUUUUUAAAACCGAAGCUUGUAAAACUUUAUACAUCUGCGCUAAGUGAAAUAGCAGAUGACAUGUUAUUAAAGUUCAAAAAACAGUUGGACAAUAAAAACAAUAUAAAUAAAAACUUUGACGAAGAACUGACAAAAUGGUCUUUAGAAUCUGUGGCUUAUGUCGGGUUAGGUUCCAGAAUAGGUUGUUUCAAGGACGAUCUAAAGGAGGAUGAUCCAGCAAAAAUUCUAAUAACAUGCGCAAAAGAGGUUCUGGAGUACACAUGGGCUUUGGAGUUCAGACCAAGUCCGUGGAAAUACUUUUCUACGCCCACUUUUAAGAAGCUUAUGAGAACUUAUGAUCGCCAGUGGGAAAUAAGCUCAGUUUUCAUCAAGGAGGCUAAACGACAAAUUAGUGAACGCGGUCACGCCAUACCAGAAGAAGACAAAAGUAUUAUAGAAAAGUUAUUGGCAGUGGAUGAAAAAGUGGCCAUUAUGAUGGCCAGUGAAAUGUUACUAGCGGGGAUAGAUACUGUGGCAUUUUCUGUGACGUCAAUAUUAUACAAUUUGGCUGUGAACCCAGAAGUACAAGAUAAGUUACGCGAAGAAAUACAUUCAGAGAACGCCAGUAAACGAUACUUAAAGGCUUGUAUUAAAGAAGCAUUAAGAAUAUAUCCAGUUGUAUCGACCAACUUGAGACGAACAACUAAAGACCAUAUUGUGGGAGGAUACCAUAUUCCUGCAGGGAUUGACAUAAUGUCGCCUAACGAAUUCCUAAGUAAAAUGGAAAAAUACUAUCCAGAACCUACACAAUUUAUCCCAGAUCGGUGGAUUGUGGAAAAAUCAAAUCCAUUAUACUAUGGUAACACUCAUCCAAUGGUGACCCAGCCCUUUGGGUUUGGCGUAAGAUCAUGUAUUGGUAGACGUAUUGCCGAAUUGGAAAUUGAAAUUUUGAUACAAAAACUGAUCGGUGAACUUAAAGUUACUUGGACAGGACCUCCGAUUCAAACCGAAACUAAAGUUUUGAAUGUUUUUAAGAAACCAUAUCAUUUUAAGUUUGAACAACUCUAA